UAUCUUCUCCUAUGCAUCUCAGAUUGUAAAGCCUUGUAAAGAUUAUUAUAAUGUAUAAGAACUGUUGGUUUCCCUUUAUCUAGUUUGGGAGCCCUGUAGUAGGCCUUCCUGUGUUUUAUUGCAGAAGCCACCAGAACCCAACAGAGAAGCAGGGUAUGCAGUGAAACUUUAUGCUUUAACAAGCGAAGUGAUCAACGGCGAGAUGCAGUUCUAUGCCAGAGCCAAACAUUUCUAUCGGGAUGUGCCAGCGACAGAAGAGGGCAUGAUGGGAGAUUACAUUGAGCUGUCCAGUACGGACAUUGAAUCCUCCAGGGAAUUUCUUAGGAAGUUUAUUGGGGGUCCUGGGAAAGCUGGCACUGAGCAUGCCCUCGACUGUGGUUCUGGGAUUGGACGGGUCACUAAGCAUGUCCUCUUGCCAGUUUUCAAGAGUGUGGAACUGGUGGAUAUGAUGGAGAAUUUUCUGGCUGAGGCCCAGAACUAUUUACAGGGCAAGAAGGACAGAGUAAAGAUGUACUAUUGCUACAGCCUCCAGGAAUUCACUCCAGCCCCCCAAAAAUAUGAUGUCAUCUGGAUACAGUGGGUUUCAGGAUACCUGACGGAUAAAGAUCUCCUGGAGUUUCUUAUCCGGUGUCAAAAUGGCUUGAAGGAUAAUGGCAUUGUCAUUCUCAAGGACAACGUGGCCCGGGAAGGCUGUAUCCUGGACCCAUUGGACAGCAGCGUGAUCCGAGACCUGAGCAUCCUCCAGAGCCUCGUUGAGAAAAGUGGGCUCACCAUCCUGCAGCAGGAGAGGCAGAAGGGCUUCCCUGAGCAGUGUGUCCCCGUCUGGAUGUUGGCCAUGCAGAAGGACCCUGGCCUACCCUGAAAGGGGGUGUGCGUGGAUAUGAAGCCACUGAAACAUGACUGAUGCUCAGGACUUGCACUGAGAGGAAGAAGAGAAAAUGUCUGCUAAAAUCCCACUAUUAGUGUAGCUCUACUACUACAGCUACAGGGCUCUGCCCCCCCCCCCCGAAUGAUCAUGAGAGUAACUGCACCUGAACCAGGGCAUGCCGGCAACUACCCUGUUCCCAAAACCAGGCUGCCUCGUCUUCACAUCUUCUACCAAUAGGCCUCCUUUCUGUGAGAUUUCUAUUUUAUCUAAAGGGAUAAAACUCAUCUGUGAGAAAAUAAUUAGGCUAAAGCUUUCCAAAGUGACCUGAGAAUCUUUUGGGUGCCCCACAUGAGAUGCCAUAACGAAGCUUGUUUUUUUCAGAGGAUGGAUGCUCAGCUCUUCCUGGAAAUCAGGGCCCCUUAAGAAGAUUCAAGUUGGACAUAUACAUUACUUCUCUUCUGAAAAUCUCGGUUUAACUCCAUAUCUGUGUGGCUAAUAAUACCUUAGAUUAUUGGAACUGAAAAUGUCAGGAGUGUCUAAUCUAUUUACUGUCAGUUAUGCUGUUUAUUUAUUUAUUUUUGCCUUUCACUCAGGUUGGAUGGUGAAACUAAUCUGGUCAAUUUCAUAUUUUUAAGUCAAUUUCACUUCCUUCUUCCCCUGCCCUACAAGGAUGCUGUUAUAUUAGGAUUCUCAACACUUCUGGGGAAAGUGUCAAUGACAAAGAUCUACAUUGUAAAAAGCUGUUUGCAUUGAAAACUUUGCAAAAUGGUUUCUAUGUGUAUUAAGUUGCGGAAAACAUUUGUUUUAAAACCAAAGCUACAUUCACAGCAGAAACUACUUGGGAGACUCCCCUCAUGAUUCAUACAACCAUGAGGUCCUUUCUUUCCUACUGUUGUGGGUUUCAUUGAGAGGCUGGCAGGCCUAGUGGGCAGGUCAUGGCCUGUCAAUUUCUCUGUGCCCCCAAAGUUAACCCACAUGUACUGGGUUGGUAUGUAGGGGGACCCAGCCCACCAUCUCCAUCAGGUCCCAGCCCAGGGCCCAUGGGGGAGAGGUGUGGAACAUGUUGAUCACCUCUUCCUGGUGCACUUGACUAGUCUUCCUUGGGAUGCUUCCUACCUCCCUGCUCUCCAUCUGGUUUGGCGUAUAGGCACAGCCCACUUUCUCCCCAACAGGAGUUCCCAGUCAGUGAACUAAGCACUUCGCAGCUCUCUUGGUAGUGUCCAAUUAUUCUCCCUCUGCAGAGAGUGGGGGAAGCCUCUACCCUCCUGGUUGAGUCUAAGCCACAGUUCAGUCCCUCUCCCAUGGAUCACUUUGUCCCUAGAAACUUCAAAUUUUCUUCCUCCCUUUGAACAGCCUCCCUGCUUGACUAUCUGAGUCCCCUUUUGGGCAGGGACAGGGUCCACUUGGCCCAGUACUGCUCCAUCAGUCUCUGUGGGAGGGUGUCUCUAAAUCCCAUCACACCCAUAUUCAAAACAAGUCUGACAUGAUAUGCAGGGCUAAUGGCAUUUCAAGGAGUGUUAACAGUGAGGCUAAGGGAUAUUACUAGUACAAUAUUGAACUAAUUAACUGUACUAAGCUACGGAGGAUGUUACUUUAACCCAAAGGCAUCUAUGAUUUAUAUUUAAACAGCUUGGGUUUGACAUUACUAGUAAUCAUAUAUCCCCUCUCCUCUGUGCUAUCCAGAGAUUAUACACAGAACAGCGUCUUGUUUCACUUACACAAGCACAAGGAGAUCUGUGUGGAGGACAGAAGUUCUAGUUCAUGAAGGAUUUUGAAUUUUCAAAAUUUGGCUUCAUUACGAAUUGGAGUGAAAACUGAACAUUUCAGAA